AUGUUCGGGAGCGGCGUGUGGAGGAGAAGCGGGGCUGGAGGAGCAUCUUCCCUGGAUUGUGAUGGUCCUUUUCAAGCAACUCAGCUGUGGAAUAGUAUUAUUCAUGCUCUUCACAGUCACGUGGAAAUCAAAAGACGUAGACAACACCUGAAAACAUACAAAAACUGUUUCACCGGCUCAAAUGCUGUAGAUGUGGUACUGAGCCAUCUUAUGCAGAGCAUGUACCUAAGCUGCAAUGAUAUUUCUCGACUGAAGGGAGUCCGUGUGUGCCAAGCGCUGAUGGAUCACAAGGUGUUUGAGCCAGUUGGAGCAAGGCUUAACUUAUUUAAGAAUGAGAAAGAAAUGGAGUUUGAAGACACAAACACUAGUCUUUAUAAAUUUGUAAAUAGCAACCUUACUCCUCUUCUUCCUCGAAAGAAUAAAGACAAUGAGAACUUAACGAAGUGUGAAACAACACUUUCAAACCCCUUAGCAUUAGAAGCAGCCGACAAAAAGAGGGUAGAGGAGCUGCUUCAGUCAAUAAAUGUUCACACAUCUUUACCUCCAAAGAUCAUGGUUAAUGAACCAACUCAUCUGCUUUCAAAAGGAGAUGAUGUCUGGAAACAGCAAACUCUGCUACGACUGCUGCAGUUAAUUGAUGUUCCGCUUCUAGAAGAUAUCUUGGUGUCCUCAGUGAAGAGCAAACCAGACUGCUUUGGCAAAGAAGAGGACCUGAUUAUCUCAAAUACUUUCCUGGACAGAGAGGUUACAUGCAGCUUAAACUUGCCUGAGCUUGACAAAUGGCUCUCUGCUGCAAUUGAAUGCUUGGAGUGUUUCCCAGACCAAUUCAUAGUGAUGGUUAGUCAGCAGUUACAUCAAAGCACUAACAAAGCGAGCAGUCUGAAUACGUACAAGAAGAUUCUUUUUGACACUAUUAUAAAGUAUUAUAGUCAAAAGGAGGACACUCUUUUUGCCACUCAGGAUCUCAGUAUUCAUUCAGGAAUUAUAGAACUUAUAGAAAAAGGAAAAACAGCUCAAGCUCUAGAGGCAUCACAACUUUAUUUAAAAUUAUUAGCACCAAAUAUCAGAGAAGAACUACAUAGACUCCUGACAUUCCUAGCCAUUGCAUCCGAAUCGGAGGGCUACAGAUUACAAAAACAAUUUGAUAACAGAUUGGUGAUUAUCAAGACUUGCACAAAGUUCAUCUUACAGAACAAGACAUUGUCAAAAACACAGGCAGAACUGCUGACUCAGUUUCUGAUGGAUAAUCACUCCGAGCUCUUCAAGACUCCUUUAACUCUUCUGGAACUAACUAGUAGGAGACUUGAGAGUUUGAUGGAAGGACAAGAUACAGAUAUUGAUUCAGGCUUCACCUUCUGUCAGCGUGUGACAACUAAAGAAUAUGAAGAUCAAAAACAACAAACAAAUCAGUAUCUUACUGCAUUGGUUCAAGAGAUGAACAAUGACCCCACUGUUUCUUUGAAGCAGAAGAAAAAAUUAAUUAAAGAAUUCCGAAAACACCAUUCUCUCAUCUAUUGCAGUGGUUGUAAAACUACAUGUGAAUUUUGUACUCUGAAUGGUUAG